GUAGUUUAUAUGAGUAAGACAUAGCUUAGAGCAUUCAUUCAGUUCAGGGAAUCCAAAUAGACAGACACAUUCUUCAUCACUCUUUGGAAGCACAGCAUCACACCACAGCCAUGGCCAAAGUUGGAAGAAUGAAACUGGGAUCACAGGGCUUGGAGGUGUCUCAGCAAGGACUUGGAUGCAUGGGAAUGUCUGCUUUCUAUGGACCUCCAAAGCCAGAACCUGACAUGAUUUCUCUCAUUCACUAUGCUGCACAAAUUGGUGUUACAUUCCUUGAUACCUCUGAUGUCUAUGGUCCUCACACCAACGAGAUUCUACUUGGAAAGGCUUUGAAGGGAGGAGUGAGAGAGAAGGUUGAAUUGGCAACCAAGUUUGGAAUCAGCAUGUCUGAUGGUUUUAAAGUUGAGAUCCGUGGAGAUCCAUCAUAUGUGAGAGCUGCUUGUGAGGGAAGCUUGAAGAGGCUUGACAUUGAUUGCAUUGAUCUCUAUUACCAACAUCGAAUCGAUACUCGUGUUCCAAUUGAAGUCACGAUUGGGGAGCUUAAGAAGCUUGUUGAGGAGGGAAAAAUAAAAUACAUUGGUUUAUCUGAGGCGUCGGCUUCAACAAUCCGAAGAGCGCAUGCUGUUCAUCCCAUAACAGCAGUGCAGUUGGAGUGGUCUCUUUGGUCAAGAGAUGUUGAGGAAGAGAUAGUUCCAACUUGCAGGGAACUUGGAAUUGGAAUUGUGGCAUAUAGUCCUCUUGGGAGAGGAUUCCUUUCAUCAGGAACAAAACUGAUUGAGAAUUUGUCUGAGAAUGACUUCAGAAAGUAUAUGCCUAGAUUCCAACCUGAGAACCUAGAGAAGAACAAGACUAUAUUUGAGAGGGUUAAUGAAAUGGCAGCUAAGAAGGGAUGCACCCCGUCGCAGCUCGCAUUAGCAUGGGUGCACCACCAAGGAAAUGAUGUGUGUCCCAUUCCUGGAACCACCAAGAUUGACAAUCUUAACCAAAACAUUGGUGCUUUAUCUGUGAAACUUACACCGCAAGAAAUGACAGAACUCGAGUCCUUCGCUGCUGCGGAUGCUGUCAAGGGUGAUAGAUAUGCAAGUGAUAUAACUACAUGGAAGAACUCUGAUACUCCACCACUUUCUUCUUGGAAAGAUGUUUAAUUAAGUUGCAUCAGUGCUUAUAUUGAUAUAGAUAUAUAUAGCCCUGCACCUUUGGUAUUUAAUGUUUUUGGGACAUGUUUUCCCUUUUGAAAUAAAGAUAUCAUGUGCAUUGCACACUCUCCUCAAAUAUUUAGUUAUAAUCUUUACUUUUUUACCUGACUUUACUCCUCACCAAAG